UGGGCGACAAAAAGCUAAGGUAAGACAGAGCCCCAAUUCUGGGCCGUUUUCUCUAAGCCCACCACCGCAAAAAUCAUCCAAAGUCUACACCACUCUCAGGCUCUCAGCCGUGGCAGGUCCUCCCAACUCCCCCAACUUCACACUCACACUCCGCCAUCUUCCCCAUUUUCCUCUGAAAAUCAAAUAAUUGAAACGAAAAUAAAUUCCUCAAUUCCUAACAUGUCCAACAUUUCCAUUGCCAAUCACACCCCCUAACCAAAACCAAACACAAAAGCAAAAAGAGGAAGAUAUUUGGAUCUGGUGGAGGUGGGGACUUGAAGAUGGACAUUCUCUUCGCCCAGAUCCACGCGGACCUCCGUUCGAACGAUGCGCUCCGCCAGACCGGCGCUCUCCUCCAAGCGCUACAGCAGUCCGCAGCGGGGCGAGACAUCUCGGUCCUGGCCAAGUCCGCCGUGGAGGAGAUCGUGGCCGCUCCGGCAUCCGCCGUGUCCAAGAAGCUCGCCUUUGACCUCAUCCGCUCCACGCGCCUCACCGCCGAUCUCUGGGACACAGUCUGCAUAGGCGUCCGUAACGAUCUCGACUUCCCGGACCCCGACGUCACUGCCGCUGCCGUCUCCAUCCUCGCCGCCCUCCCCUCCCACCGCCUCGGAAAGCUCAUCGCCGAUUCGAGCAAGGAGAUCGAGGCCUGUUUCGGCUCGCAGAGCGACAAUCUCCGAUUCUCCAUCACCGAAACCCUAGGCUGCGUCAUGGCUCGCGACGACGUCGUCACGCUCUGCGAGAACAGCGUGAACCUUCUGGAUAGGGUUUCCAACUGGUGGACACGUAUCGGCCAGAACAUGCUCGACAAAUCAGACUCCGUUUCGAAGGUCGCGUUCGAGUCCGUGGGCAGGCUGUUCCAGGAGUUCGAUUCGAAGCGAAUGAGCAGACUCGCGGGCGAUAAGCUCAUCGACAGUGAGAACUCGCUCGCGAUUCGGUCAAAUUGGGUUUCGUCGAUGGUGGACUUCGUGUGGAAGAGGCGCAACGCGUUGAUGGCGAGGUCGUUGGUCUUGCCAGUCGAGAGCUUCAGGGCCACGGUGUUUCCGAUCGUUUACGCCGUGAAGGCAGUGGCUUCUGAGGCCGUCGAGGUGAUUCGGAAGCUAUCGAAAUCUUCUUCUGCCAUUGGGAGGAGUGUUUCGGAUUCGAAUGCGGAACGGUUCGUCGGAGUUUCGGACAUGGUUUCGCACCUGGCGCCGUUCUUGGCGUCCUCGUUGGACCCGGCUUUGAUUUUCGAAGUGGGGAUUAAUAUGUUGUAUUUGGCCGAUGUGCCUGGAGGGAAGCCCGAGUGGGCUUCGCAGUCGAUUAUUGCGAUUCUCACGCUUUGGGAUCGACAGGAAUUUUCGUCUGCGAGAGAGAGUAUCGUCAGGGCUGUAGUUACGAAUCUACACCUCCUCGAUCUUCAUAUGCAGGUUUCAUUGUUUAAGAGGCUUCUUCUUAUGGUGAGAAACUUGAGGGCAGAAUCAGACCGCAUGCAUGCUUUGGCAUGUGUUUGUAGGACAGCUCUCUGUGUUGAUCUGUUUGCAAAGGAAAGUGUUCGAAGAGGUCAGAAACCUCUUGCAGGAACCGAUAUUGCUUCUCUUUUUGAGGAUGCAAGAAUAAGAGAUGAUCUUAAUAGUGUCACGAGUAAAAGCUUAUUUAGGGAGGAGUUAGUAGCAUCACUAAUGGAAAGUUGCUUUCAGUUGUCUCUACCUUUGCCUGAACAAAAGAACUCAGGUAUGGAGAGCAGGGUCAUUGGAGCUUUAGCAUAUGGAACUGGUUAUGGUGCACUAAAUUGGACCGAGCCUGCUUUGGAAGUGGUGGAAGUUUGUAGGCCUUGCGUCAAAUGGGAUUGUGAUGGCCGGACCUAUGCAAUCGAUUGUUACCUAAAGUUGCUUGUUAGGUUGUGCCAUAUCUAUGAUACAAGGGGAGGUGUAAAAAGAGUAAAAGAUGGUGCUUCUCAGGAUCAAAUUUUAAAUGAGACAAGGUUGCAAAACUUACAACGUGAACUUGUGAAAGAUCUACGUGAGGUGAAUACCUCAAGAAUAUGUGCCCGCCUUAUUUGGGCUAUUGCAGAACACAUAGAUCUAGAAGGAUUGGAUCCACUUCUAGCUGAUGACCCUGAUGAUCCGCUUAAUAUCAUUGUAUCAAAUAUUCACAAAGUUUUGUUCAACAUAGAUUCUUCUGCAGAUACAACAAAUAGGCUGCUAGAUGUUCAGGCGGUUCUUUUAUGUGCUCAGCGGUUGGGGUCACGACACCCUAGGGCAGGGCAGUUACUGACUAAAGAACUCGAAGAGUUCAGAAACAAUGGUUUGGCUGAUUCUGUGAAUAAGCAUCAAUGCCGCUUAAUAUUGCAGAGAAUCAAAUAUGCAUCAAGUCAUCCAGAGAGCCGGUGGUCAGGGGUUAGUGAAGCCAGAGGAGAUUACCCAUUUAGCCACCACAAACUAACUGUUCAAUUUUAUGAAGCAUCUGCAGCUCAGGAUAGAAAGUUGGAAGGAUUGGUUCACAAGGCUAUUUUAGAGCUUUGGAGGCCAGACCCUAGUGAGUUAACUCUUUUGCUGACAAAAGGAAUUGACUCUACUUUACUGAAGGUGCCUCCAACUGCAAUUACUUUGACUGGUAGCAGUGAUCCAUGCUAUGUUGAAGCAUACCAUUUAGUGGACUCAAGUGACGGAAGGAUCACUCUGCAUUUAAAGGUCUUAAAUUUAACUGACCUUGAACUGAAUCGGGUGGACAUUCGGGUUGGAUUAUCUGGUGCAUUAUAUUUUAUGGAUGGAUCUCCUCAAGCAAUUCGGCAACUGCGUAAUCUAGUUUCGCAGGAUCCAGUACCCUGCAGUGUGACAGUGGGUGUAUCCCAUUUUGAGAGAUGUGCCCUUUGGGUUCAAGUAUUAUACUACCCAUUCUAUGGCAGUGGUGCUGUGGGAGAUUAUGAAGGUGACUAUGCUGAGGAGGAUCCACAAAUCAUGAGACAGAAGAGAAGCUUAAGGCCAGAACUAGGAGAGCCUGUGAUUUUGAGAUGUCAGCCUUACAAAAUUCCACUGACUGAGCUUCUUUUGCCACAUAAAAUCUCUCCUGUGGAAUUUUUCCGCCUAUGGCCCAGUUUGCCAGCUAUAGUGGAGUACACUGGGACAUAUACAUAUGAAGGAAGUGGCUUCAAGGCUACUGCUGCACAGCAGUAUGGGGAAUCACCUUUCUUAAGUGGACUGAAAUCUUUGUCAGCUAAGCCAUUCCACAGAGUUUGUUCACAUAUUAUUCGAACUGUGGCAGGGUUUCAGCUUUGUUUUGCUGCAAAAACUUGGUAUGGAGGCUUCUUGGGCAUGAUGAUCUUUGGAGCCAGUGAAGUGAGCAGAAACGUGGAUUUGGGAGAUGAGACAACCACCAUGAUGUGCAAAUUUGUGGUUCGAGCUUCUGAUGCAUCAAUUACGAAGGAGAUUGGAUCGGAUCUACAGGGAUGGUUAGAUGACCUUACUGAUGGGGGUGUGGAGUACAUGCCAGAAGAUGAAGUGAAGGUGGCUGCUGCCGAGAGACUUAGGAUCUCAAUGGAACGGAUUGCUUUAUUGAAGGCAGCCCAACCAAAAAAGACUCCAAAAUCUGAAGAUGAUGAAGAGGAGGUUGAACAGGAAGAUGAGGAUGACGACGACGACGACGACAAUAAGAAGAAAAAGAAGGAAGAGAAGAAAGACGGCGAAGAAGAAGAUGAAAAAACAAAGGGACCUUCAACCCUGUCAAAGUUAACUGCAGAGGAGGUUGAGCAUCGGGCUCUUCAAGCCGCAGUGCUCCAGGAAUGGCACAUGUUGUGUAAAGAGAGGAAUCAAAGUUAACUUACAAUUUUUAUUUUUUCUUUUCUUUUCUUAAGGACAAAAAUAUAUUCUUUGCACUCGUAUUCUUUUUAUGAUAUAUGAAUUAGGUGGUAGUUGAAAAUUUGACGGCAGAGUGCUCUUUUGGGUUUUUGGUUUUUCUUUUUGUACUUAAUUUGUAAUCGGGGAAGUCCCUUGUACAUCUUAUACCGGCUGUUCAUUGGUCUUUUGUUCACCUUGAGAAUGUAAUUCCUAGAAAUAUGUUUUGUGACA